CCUGGGUGGGGGAACAACACACUCUCGAACCCGGGACCAUGGGCUGCUCGGACAGCAAACCGGCCCAUGCAGGCAUGGCCCGCAGCAGGAAAAGGCGGGAUGGGGUGCUGAAGCGGUCCCAGGAGUUGGUGGCCUUGCGGGAGCAACUGGUGACUGCGGCUAAUUCCUGCGCUAAGCUGUCGAAGGAGAAGGACGAGCUGCGUGCGGCGUUUGAGGGCGUGCUGCGGAAGGCUCAGGAUCGUCACUAUAGCGACUUGGCUGAGCUGGAGGAGCAGCUGGGGGCCUUCUACUCUGCCGAGUGGGAGAAAGUGCACCAAGUCUACCAGCAGGAGGCGGACAGGUGCAGGGGCCGCAUGCAGCAGCAGGUGAAUGAUCUCAGGUCCAAGCAUGAGUCAUUGGAAAAGGAACUGAGAGCCAGCCACUCUCAGAAGAUGGAGUCUUUGAAACUGAACUACGAAACGUCUUUUGAAGAACUGAAGAAAAGUCAAGAGCAGGAGAGGCAAACCCACAAACUGUCACUGAAGGAAAUGGAAACCACUUUAUCAGAACAAAUUGAGAAGCUGGUGAGUGAGAAUGCAACGCUGUACGAGAAGCUGAAAGUGGAAGAAGAAAACCGAAGGUUGCUGGCUGAGAAGAGUCAGGACUCCCACACAUUGUACCUGCAGCAGGAACUGGAGAGCCUGAAGGUGGUUGUGGAGCUGAAAAACACUGAGCUUCACCAGCAGAACAAGAAGCUGAUGGAACUGAAGACGCUGAUGGAAACAAACCUGAAUUUGGAAGGAUGCCUUAGAAAAACACAGCAAGAGAAUGAGGAUCUGAGAGCCAGGCUAGAACAGCACACUGCCCUGCACAGGCAGCUGUCCACAGAACAGGUGGCCCUGCAGCAGACCAUCAUGAAGGAGACCAAAAUGAACAACCGACUCUCCCUCCAGAACGAAGAGCUGCUGUGGAAGCUCCACAACGGAGACCUGUGGAUUCCCCGAAACCUGCCCCCCUCCCCGUCCUUCCAGUCUGCCCGCAACUCAGGCCGCUUCGCCAGCACCCCGCUACCCUCCAGCUAAAGGGGAAACACAGUCCUCAAAAACACAGGCUCCAAUCACUUCCAAUCUCCUUGAAGCUAGAAGUCAGAAGGCUCCCGAACUUUUCUUUAGCAAGUAAACAUGACCACAUCCUUUGUGGAAGUAUUUUUCCGGAAUGUGUGACGUAUUAAUGAUCGGCCUGUGGAUCCAUCUCUCCCCAUCUGCCAUGUGCUACGUUUGUAACUGACAUGGCUUUCUCCUGACGUUUGAAGGAGCAAGGACAUUCCAUUUGCCUGAGUCACGUUUUCUCUUUCCCCGUCUUCAUUUUUCACUUCACUUCACCUUAUCUCGCCUUUUCUCACCUUCUCCCCGGUGGGUGGAGCAAGAAAAGAAGCAAGGAAAGUAAUGAGGUGGAAAAUAAGCAAUUGGAAAGAGCCUACAAUCUGCCUGAUGUUUUAAAAACAAAAGACAAAACUGCACAGAUGCACUUCCUGAGCGAGGCCGGCCUUGUUCUCCACCCUUCUCUCCCAUCUGGGAGCUGAAAAUGGAAAUCUCAGGACUUGAGGAUAACUUCUCAAUGACUUCAUUACCAUAUCUUUUAUCCUUUUUUUGUUGAGGUGUGGCAGGGGUGAGAGUGUUUUAAAGAUCUUGUGUGUGUUUCCUUUGACCACUGGUGGGAAAGGCAUAGUGGGUAUUUUUGUAGGUUUUUGAACACCAGAGCAGAAGCCCUCUUCGA